AUACGACAACAUGGCCGAGCUGUUCGCUGUGGUGAAGACUAUGCAAGCCCUGGAGAAGGCCUACAUCAAGGACUGUGUCAACCCCAAUGAGUACACAGCCGCCUGUUCUCGCCUCCUGGUCCAGUACAAGGCCGCCUUCAAGCAGGUGCAAGGGCUGGAGAUCAACUCCAUCGAUGACUUUUGCCGCAGGUUUCGACUCGACUGCCCGCUGGCCAUGGAGAGGAUCAAGGAGGACCGGCCCAUCACCAUCAAGGACGACAAGGGCAACCUCAACCGUUGCAUCGCGGACAUCGUCUCGCUCUUUAUCACCGUGAUGGACAAGCUGCGCUUGGAAAUCCGGGCCAUGGAUGAGGAAAAGAGCACCAACGUGGAUCCCUUCCGUGGGAAGAUCAGCAGCCACCCGCCAUACCAGCCCAAAACCAAGGGGUCAAAGGAGCGCCUCAAUGUAGGCAAAGGGAUGGCAGAACUUGAGGCGGAGUCAAACGAGGCACCAGCCAAGAAUCCCUACGUAGCCGCAAGGGAAACCACGCCAACCUCCCUCGGAUUCCUUUGGCUCUGA